AUGUGGACCAUCUGGGUGAUCGUCUUCUGGAUUUCAACCGUCCCGAUCAGAGCUGUCCCUCCUAUAUGUGACCUCCUGAGCGUCCUGAAUAAGGAGGAAGAAAAAUGUGCUGAGACUCUCUCCCUGGAGGCAAAGAACAGAACGCCCGAAAAUGAUCUGCUCCUGAGCUCAGGCAGAUGUGCUGGAAUGUGGGAUAACAUGAGCUGCUGGCCUUCGUCUGCCGUGGGACAGACUGUCAAUGCUCCCUGCCCGGAAUUCUUCCAGAUGCUGACUGGGAAAAAAGGUUUUGUCUACCGAAACUGUACGAGUGAGGGUUGGUCAGACCCAUAUCCGAGACCCGAUAUUGCUUGUGGCUACAAUGUCAAUGACACAACCAACGAGGCGAGACGCUCCUAUUUCAUGACUCUGAAGACAAUGUACACCGUCGGGUACUGCACCUCCCUCGUGACAUUGACGAUAGCCUUAGUGGUCCUGGCCUCUUUUAGAAGACUUCGCUGUACGAGGAACUACAUUCACAUGCAUCUCUUCACAUCGUUCAUUUUGCGAGCAUCGUCCAACUUUAUCAAGGAUGCUGUUUUGUUUUCCUCUGAAGACACAAAUUACUGUGGGGCAUACACGGCUGGGUGUAAGCUCACCAUGGUCUUCUUUCAGUAUUGCAUCAUGUCCAACUACAGCUGGCUCCUCGUGGAGGGACUGUACCUCCACACUCUCCUGGUUAUUUCUUUCUUCUCAGAAAGGAAGUUCCUCUGGUGGUUCAUCGCCCUUGGAUGGGGUGCCCCAACUGUGUUUGUGGCUGCAUGGGCGAUUGCGAGGCAACUCCACGAAAAUAUUGGGUGUUGGGACAUUAACACUAAUGCCAAUACCUGGUGGAUCAUUAGAGGCCCUGUCGUUUUGUCUAUUUUUAUUAAUUUCAUUCUUUUUGUCAACAUUUUAAGAAUCUUGAUGAGAAAGCUCAGCUCUCCUGAAAGACGGAGCAGUGAUUUCAACCAAUACAAGAGACUUGCAAAGUCAACACUCCUCCUCAUUCCUCUCUUUGGAGUCCACUACAUCAUCUUUGCUUUUUUCCCCGAAGACGCAAGCAACGGCACAAUGGAAAUUCAGCUGUUUUUCGAAUUGGCUCUUGGAUCAUUCCAGGGCUUUGUUGUGGCAGUACUUUAUUGUUUUCUUAAUGGUGAGGUUCAGCUGGAAGUUCAGAGAAAAUGGAGGCAGUGGCAUUUAAGCAAACACUUGCGUCAGCAUCUCAGCACCUCGGCGAGUAACGGAGGAAGUGGCUUAACUCAAGAGAUGCAGAUGGUGAGGUUGAGCCCACCAGAGCACAAGAGAGCAACCCUCCAAAGAUCAAGCGUGCUUUAACA